UCAGUAUAAAUUACUACAACGUUCGUUUUAACGUAGUUUUGUUUACACUUUAGACUACAAUACAGGUGUUGAGCCAGCGUAACCCGAAUGUCUUGUUUGAAACUUACAUCAAGAAUCAUACUGCAACCUCUUGGUUGGUUCUACAAUCCUGUAAACCAGUUAUCAAGUACACUAACUUUAAACUCUACUUCAAGACGUUUUAAAAAACGCUGGAUAAACACUGACCAAUGGCCGAAAGCGAAGGUAAACGGAGAAACGAAAACAUGGAUGCCAAAUGUUCCACUUACAAAGGUUGAGGACGAUUUGUCAAGAGAGAAAGCUUAUUUUGGAAUGUAUGACUACCUAGCUGUUCUGGGAAACGAUGUUACUUUGACACCAAAACUAUUUUGCAAAGGACCUGGUUAUGUAAGAGCAACAAAUCAAAGAGAACUGUUCAUGUUGUUAAAGAAAAGGUCCAUGCUUGGCCACCAUAUGCAUAUUGAAGAUAUGAAUGCAAUGCAAAAGAGGAUUAAAUAUUUAAUGAAACUUGAAAACAGAGUUAAAAAGUCCAGAGGUUGAAAGGGCAAUUAUCUAAACUGAUGACUAUAAAAUAAAUUAAUGUAUGUUCCACAUAAACUUCCUAUUUGUAUUAAAAACUUACUUUUGAAAUUAUUCCUGUAAAUUUAACACUAAUGUAAUGUAACAAUGGCCUCCCACUUCAGUUAAUAACCUUGAAUGUUCAGUACCUAAACCUGCUUGAGUUCUGUACCAAUAUUCCAUGUGUUAACUGUUAACCAUUAACUGUCAAAAUCACAUGCUGUGUAUCUAUAGUCUACAUCUACAGAGUACAAGUAUCCUGCUGUGAAAGUGCAAAAUCAACACCUAAUGACUACUUCUUUCCACACUUUGUA